UAAGACUCCUUUUUUUCUUUCACACGUGCUGUUUCUCUCAACCAAAUGAAAGGGGUGUAAUGAGUCGUGGCCUCUAUACAUCACAGGUUCUUUGAAUAUUCCAUAACUUGAUGAGAUGAACUAACCAAAUCUAACUGCGUAACAUAGGUGGAGAAUUUUCACACGACAUCUAGAAACUAAUCUACAAUCCUGAAAAAUAACAUCAUCAUACAUUUUUAUACUGUAUGCCAUUCUUAUUACGUUGUUGAUUAGCAACAAUUUUCAAUCCUGUGACUAGGAUUGGCUUUCUUAGUAUACAAUAAAUACAUCAUUGACCCUUAGACCAGUGAUAUUAUCAUAUUAAGAAAGCAGCUAAUAUUAAUUAUUAAGGAACAACUCAUAGCUUAGCCCUGUAAAAUGAAAGGUUCUACAACUUCAUUGUUUUGGUUCUUCUUCACUUUAGCUUUGUUUUCCAAUACAGUUGUGCUCUCAGUGGAUACCUUAACUGCAACCCAAUCCCUUGGACUUAACCAAACACUUGUAUCUCCAGAGGAAGUGUUUGAGCUUGGUUUCUUUAGCACAAACGGUUCGAAAUGGUACUUGGGUAUAUGGUACAAGGACUUUCCUUUCAAAACUGUGGUUUGGGUGGCAAAUAGAGACACCCCACUUGAAAAUUCCAAUGGAACUCUCAGGAUUGGAGAAGAAGGAAACCUUGUUCUUCUUAAUCAAACAGGUUACACCAUAUGGUCAUCAAAUCAAACCACUGCUACAAACCCAGUUCUUCAGCUUUUGGAUAGUGGGAACUUGAUUCUAAUAGAAGCAAACGAGAGAAACACCACAAACUAUCUAUGGCAGAGCUUUGAUCACCCCACAGAUACUUUGUUGCCAGGCAUGAAGCUUGGUUGGGACCUUGACACCGGCGUGGAGCGCCGGAUAACAGCAUGGAAAAGCCAAGAUGAUCCAUCAAGCGGAGACAGUUACUUCAGUGUAGAUUAUCAUGGAAUACCAGAUGUUUUCUUAUGGAACAAACAACAAAGGAUCUUUAGAACUGGACCUUGGAAUGGUGAGAGGUUAGGUGGAAUACCAAUACUAGACACCAUAGCUGAUCUCAAUGAUACAGUGCAUGCUGAUGAACAUGGAGUGUAUUUCAUCAUUUCACCACUUGCACAAUCUAAUCUGUCCAGAAUGGUUGUGAACUGGACCGGCGCAAUUGAACGCUGUGCUUGGGUAGAGAGCAGCCAAAGUUGGACAAGAACAUGGUUUGCACCUAAUGGAGAUUGUGAUCAAUAUGGAGUGUGUGGUCCUUUUGGUAUCUGUGACUCAAAUGCUUUCCCUGUAUGCCAGUGUAUUCAAGGGUUCAGUGUCAAGAAUCAGCAGCAAUGGGAUUUGAGAAACUUCUCUGAUGGGUGUGUGAGAAAGACAGGACUGGAAUGUGGGAAAGACAAGUUUUUACCCAUGAAGAAUGUGCAGUUGCCUGAUACCAGAGAGGCAUUUGUAGACAAGAACAUGACCCUAUUGGAUUGUGAAAGUAGGUGCCAGAGGGAAUGUAAUUGCACUGCCUAUGCUAAUGCAGAGAUUACUAAUGGAGGGACCGGUUGCGUGAUGUGGACCGGUAAUCUCAUAGACACCAGACAGUUUGUAGAAGGUGACCAAGAUCUUUAUGUCAGAUUAGCAGCUUCUGAUGUAGAUGACAGUGAUACAGGAUCUUCUGGUGGCUCUGACAAUAAAAAGAAUGUAGGAGUUAUUGUAGGAAUUGCAGUUCCGGUAGCUCUAGUAGUUUUGGCGGUGAUUAUAUUCAUAUUGUGGAAGAAGGUAAAAUUGAGGAGUAUAUCUAAAGGGAACGAGCAACAGAAUGAUAAUACUAAUAGAAGUCAGACGACGUUGUUACGUGAUGCAAGAUUUUCAAAUAACAAAGAACAUGCAGAUGAAAGGAGCAUGUACAAGCUAGACUUGUCAUUGUUUGAUUUUCAGACCAUAUCAGAGGCUACAAACUUCUUUUCUUUAGCAAAUAAACUUGGAGAAGGAGGCUUUGGAAGUGUUUACGGGGGUAGGCUAGCGGGUGGCCAACAUAUCGCUGUGAAAAGGUUAUCAACCGGCUCGGGGCAAGGAAAUGAAGAAUUCACGAAUGAGGUAAGUUCAAUUGCAAAGGUUCAACAUAGAAAUCUUGUACGACUGCUUGGCUGCUGCAUUGAGAAGGAUGAGAAGAUGCUGAUCUAUGAGUACAUGGAAAAUAAAGGCCUAGAUUCUAUUUUGUUUGACAAAGUAAAGAGUUCCAUGCUAGACUGGCCAAUGCGCUUCAACAUUAUAUGUGGAAUAGCUAAAGGGCUCCUUUACCUCCAUCAUGACUCAAGAUUUAAAAUUAUCCACAGGGAUCUCAAGGCAAGCAAUGUUCUACUUGACAAAGAAAUGAACCCAAAGAUAUCAGAUUUUGGGAUUGCCCGAAUCUUUGACAAUGAUCAAACACAAGCGAAUACAAGGAGAGUAGUUGGAACAUAUGGCUACAUGUCUCCUGAGUAUGCAAUGGGUGGAUACUUUUCAGUAAAAUCGGAUGUUUUCAGUUUCGGAGUUCUAGUGUUAGAGAUCAUAAGUGGGAAGAAGAACAUAGGAUUUUAUUCCUCAGAUGACAUAAAUCUUCUUGGACAUGCAUGGAGGCUCUGGAAAGAAGGAAGUGCAUUGGAACUAAUAGAUUCAUCAUUUUCUGAAUCAUGUUCACAAUCAGAAGUGCUAAGAUGCAUACACAUUGGCCUCAUAUGUGUCCAAGAACGAGCAGAAGACAGACCUGCAAUGUCUUCUGUGGUCUUGAUGUUGAGUAAUGAAGCUGCAUUGAUGCCAGAACCUAAACACCCUGGUUUUGUCUUUGGAAGGAGCCCCGGUGAGACUAAUUCUUCUUCUGCUAGGCAAGAAGAAUCAUACACCAUAAACCAGGUCACGGUUACAAGACUAGAUGGCAGGUAGUAAUUUGAGUAUCACGUGGAUUCUCUCAGAGAUCAAGUAUUUUUGUAAAAAAAAUUGUGAACCUCAUACAUUUAUAAAUUUCGAUAGAGAGAGAUUGACUAAAGUUUUA